AUGCUGCGACGUGCGGCCGCAGGCGUUGACAACGCUGAGCACUGCGCAGGACACGGACUACCUGUGGAAUCGAUUUUUUAAGGGAAUCAGCGGGCUGCGAUUUGUUUUGACGAUUGAUAGGACCGUCCCUGGAACCUCCUGCGGAGGUCAUUUGGGACCACAAAUUUGCAAUGCAGUAUCAUUCAGGGGCUAAUAUUAGUCCCCAUGAGGCUCUCAGCAUUCCACACACACAUGCUUCUCCCUCAAGACCAUGGGCCACCUCAUUGCUUACUCGUGUCGCUCUCUCCCUACUACCGCUUGGACGGUUUUCUCUCCCCCCCACAGGGCUGACGAUUUGACGUACGUUAAAGAAUUUUACACAGCUGGUAACUGCGUAUCAUGGCACCUUCCUUUCCCAAAUUCGACCGUUUGAGGGCUUUCCGGGCUGGCUUCCGUCAAAGUCCUGCGUCUCACACGGAACCUCCAUCCGAACCCUUGGCAGGUCUACGUCAGCCCCAAAAGCUGACUGAGCCGGUCUUUAACCCUAUACAGUCACCACAGCGCAAGAUGGUGAAGCUUUUUGACGAAUGCUCGGUGUCCUGUACAGAUUCCCUCGCUUCAGAUGUCCUUCUUGGAAGAGAUCGCAUCGUCUCGUUUUCUGGUAUUCCCCAGCUCACCUCGGGGGACAUCUCGGCAUGCAGUCUCGCAUCCCUGAAUUUCGCCAGAGUUGCGUUUUACCUGGCAGAACGCCACCAUGGCAACAUCGCCGCUGUGCUUGCCUCGUUAGGUAGCCGACAGUCGAUGGAGGAAGUCGUGUCCAUCCGCGCUGGGUGGUCGAGCGAUAUUCAACUGGAUGUCGAAGACAUAUGCCGAGCGCCUCUCUUUGACAAAUCCCUUAAACCAGUCUCUACAAAGUACGAGCUUCCCAGGCCCGACCACUUCAAACAGGUCCUACAGGAGCUGCAAGCUCUUCAGUCUUGUGCUGCUGUGAUCUUCAGCUGUUCCCCCGAGGCUAUAGGUUGUUUUAAGAUUCAAGACCGCCUUUCCGAUAAAACCGUUUUCGUGGUGUUCGACCCGCAACCGCGCCGCUCUCACCCGCACGGCGCCGCCCUCAUCUUCAGUACCUCAAUGACUCAAACUGCACUGACUCUCAGUCGUAUCCUGCGUACCGAUGAAUACAUGCCUUCAGUGACAUGCGCUUUCCAACCCCAACUACUUGCUACGGGACACAUAUUUGUGCCCAAGAAGCAGCGGCUGGAACCUCAAAGAGCGUCAACUGCGCCUCCACAGGCCUUGCGAGCCGAGGUUGUCGAGCUCAAGCGACAAACAAUAACUUUAACUCCGGAAAUCCAGCGCCUGGAAGCACAAGUUGAGGUCAUAAGAAAGGAGAGGCUCAAAGCCGAACAGGCUGUCGCACGCGCCAGGGAAUUGGCUGAACAGGAGCGGCGCUUCAGUUCGGUCACCUCGCAGGCAUCCAACGCCAUUGGCUCACCGCGACUACCAUAUAUCAAGCGCUGUGUGAAACCCAAGGAUUCGCGUAACAAUGUCGGUGACAUCCCGCAGAGCCCUCGGAUGCAACCAAUGUCUCCGAGGAUGCGAACAUCAGAAGAUUUGAGCGAAGAGAUAGAGCGCGCCUUGAAAUUGAAGAACAUCCUGGAUAACGAGGACAAGCAAUCCCGUCGACUUCCGCCGGCCCCGUACCACAACGUUCAGUAUAUCUUUCGAUGCGGUAUUUGUUUGGAUGACGUUUCCAAGGAUAACGUCGCUCAAGUAGAAUGUUGUGCACAUAUGAUAUGCAGAAAUUGCCUGAGGGACUUCAUUUGUACGAAGAUAGAGGAACACCGUUUUCCCAUCUCCUGCCCUAUCUGUGUAGCCUCUGGAGGACGCCAAGAACCUGCACCGAUAACGCGUUCGCUCGUUGAACAGAUUGGUGUCACAGAAGAACAUUAUCGUGUGUGGGUCGAGAUGGAAAUGGCCCAGUUUUCUGUGUUGUUACACUGUCGGAUGUGCAAGCAGUCAGCGUUCGUGGAUCGGCAAGACUAUGAUGCCAUGCAGAAUAUUGUCUGUCCCGUCCGUCAUUGCAACCAUGUCUGGUGCAAGGAUUGUCAACAGACGGUUAUUAUCGGUGGUCCGAAACAUUCAUGCGAUGGGUCUGCUGAGCUAGACUCUUUGGUGAAGCGCAAAGGCUGGCGCUACUGCCCGAGUUGUAAAACGCCAAUUCAGAAGGUUUCUGGGUGCAAUCACCUGAUGUGUAUCGUCCCUGGAUGCAAUACUCACCUCUGCUAUGUUUGUGGAGGACUCAUUGUUCGCUCGGCUCUGCGAGACGAAGUGAGAAAUGCAAUCACGAAACACUAUAGCAACAAAUGCUUGUUGUUUGAAGUUCCUGGAGCUUAACCCUUCCCUACGGCGUAAAGGUUUUAUAUUUUCUCUCUUUUGUCGUUUAUGCCCGGUUCUGCAAUGGACCUGGUUCAGCUAGGCUUACGUUAUCUAGAUUUAUGGCAUUCCAGACCGUAUAGAUCUCCGUGCUAUCCUUCCGACGCACGCAAUACUGUUUUGUAAUGAUGUAACGACCUGUAACGAUCCAUUUAUUAUAUGACUUCAACUUCUUCCUGGUGAUUGUAUAGGACUCUGAUGUCGCUAUCGGAAAGUAGUGGUUGGUUUGGGACUGGUAAUACGACUCGUCUG